AUGUCUAUCUACCUCAGAGCGGAAAAGGUCAGAAAAGCUGGAAAAUCCUCAUCUGGUGGCAAGACUGGUGGCGAGGGCAAGUCACAGUCGCGAUCUGCAAAAGCUGGCCUCCAGUUCCCUGUCGGUCGUGUGCACCGCCUUCUGAAGAAGGGCAACUACGCACAACGUGUGGGUGCUGGCGCUCCGGUGUAUUUGGCUGCUGUCCUUGAAUACUUGGCCGCCGAGAUCUUGGAGUUGGCUGGAAAUGCCGCUCGUGAUAACAAGAAACAGCGUAUUGUCCCCAGGCAUUUGCAACUUGCUAUUCGUAAUGAUGAAGAGUUGAACAAACUACUUGGUGAUGUUGUCAUCAGCCAGGGCGGUGUUGUGCCCUUCAUCAACCCUGAACUCCUUCCCACACGCUCGAAGACGGGCAAGAAGGAAGGGGCGAGUCAAGAAGUUUGAGUAGUUUCAGAAUGUUUUUUUAGGGUUCAGUGGCGAAGUUGAGUCUCAUUUUGUUCCUUGUGUACUAUAGUCUGUACUGUAUCAGCAUGCUAUCAUAACCUGUCUGUCGUAUUCAGGACAACUUGGACCCGUACUCGAUGUUUGCUUGUCUAUCAAUACAGAGUCCAUCCUUCUUUC